AUGUCUUCCCACCCGAGUCUCACCAGCACGUACCGUGCGCGCGCCUCCCUCCCCACGACUGGACCCCUGGCCUCGUACCUGCUGAGCCUGAUAUCCGUCAAGCAGACCAACCUCUGCCUCUCCGCCGAUGUCGAGACGUCAGCCGAACUCCUACAACUGGCAGAAGAUGUCGGUGACUCAAUCUGCCUGCUCAAGACGCACUGCGACAUUGUCACCGACUGGUCCGACAGGACAGCCCAGGCACUGAGGGAAAUUGCAAAGCGCAAGUGGUUCCUCAUCUUCGAAGACCGAAAGUUUGCGGAUAUUGGUGAAACCGUACAGAAGCAGUACACUUCUGGACACCACCGAAUCGCACUCUGGGCCGAGAUCACCAACGCCCACGUCAUCCCCGGCCCAGCCAUCGUCACCGCGCUCGAGAAAGCUGCCGAAGCGACCAUUGCCAAGUACAACACAUCCGUAAACACCGAGAUUUCUGCCACGCGACAAUCCAAUGGCGCCGACGAUGACGAUGAAGAAGAAGAGCCUGUGGCACGCGAUUCGGCAAUCGAGUCGCCAAUUGAGAUGGAGGGCGAAGAGAGACGGCUGAGCAUCAAGGCUGCCGACCGGAAGCACAGCGUUGUGAGCGUGACAACUUCGAUAUCCAUGCGGACGGAGAGCAUAUCGCCCCGUCCAGAGCCCAACGCCAACGGCGAAGAAGUCUUCAACCUAGACGUAGCUACCGAGCUCGUUCGUCUUGGCCCACCACCCUUCCUCCGCUCCCUCCUGUUGCUUGCGGAGAUGAGCUCCGAAGGCCACCUUAUGACACCAGAAUACCAAAAGAGGACUGUCGAGAUCGCUCGAAGCCGUCGCGAGUUCGUCAUGGGCUUCAUUGCUCAGCGCAGCUUGAACACUGAGCCAGAGGACAACUUCAUCACCAUGACACCGGGCUGCCAGCUUCCGCCGCCGGGUCAGGAAGGCAAGAAGCUGGGCGACGCUUUAGGCCAGCAAUACAACACUCCUCGCAAGUUGAUCUUCGAGCAAGGCUGCGACGUCAUCAUCGUCGGACGAGGCAUCGUGCGCGCUCAAGAUCGCAAGUCAGAAGCAGAGAGAUACCGAAAGGCCGCCUGGUCAGCCUACGAGGAGAGGAUCAAGAAGGCAUAG